UCUGUCUCAUUGCGCAGGCCAACUGCCUCCAGUCGGUUCUGUGAAGUGCAAUGACUCCCUCAAUGGGACCCUCCCUCUCCCAAACACUUGUCAAUUUCCAGGGCCUGUUAAUAUCUCAUGUGGACAUUGCGGGACUGUUUAUGUUCCUCUUGGGACUCAAACCCAAAUGGAUGACUGCAAGCCCCCUAAACCCCCCAUCGAGACGAAGAUUUUUUGCAACUGCUUCGCUUAUUGCGAUGGUACAGCUGCACGCUACACCUUGGACGUACAGAUCACAGAUUCUGCACUGCACAUUUCAAACAUCUUCUCUCUGGUUAAACAGCUAAGACAUCCACCACCCUGUCACAACACCUCAGCGACAGGUCCCCCUAGUCCUCUGCUCAUCAUAUCGACUAUCUUUCAGUGUGCUUACGUGAAAUGCUUUAGCACGGAGACAAAUCUCCAAAGCUGCAGGGUUAUCGUGGGCCUUGGACAUUCAGUGCCUAUAUGUGCAGUCAGCACUGCAUUGAUGACUGUGAUCAGUGAUGAGCAUGGUAUUGACUAUGACGGAAAGGUGACACGAGCAGGUGAGUAGCCCCACCAUGGAAAGUGGAGGCAGAGAGCAUCUGUGUAGUUGUUCAUGUACGUUAUACAAUAUGUGUCUGGCUGCUUGUUUGUGUCCAUAUAUCUCACACAGGAAUUUGUAGCUGGACAGGAUCCAGUGGAGAUCUAUUGAAUUCGACCUUCAGCUCGGCGGAGAGCUGCCUCAACCACUCGGAGUUCUGGACGACUGUAGAGGAGAGCCAUGGCAAAUUUGUCUGCAAACAAGGAGAAGUUGUGUGCGUGCUCCCGAAUGAAAUGUGUGACAGAUACCCCACACCUCCUCUCACUUCACCCAGCCCAAUAGCCAGCACUACUUUGCCUGCAACAACAACACGGUCUCCUCCACCCAACACCACUCUACAACAAAACACCACCUCCCUCCCAUUGAACACAACAUUACCUCCACCCAACACCACUCUACAACAAAACACCACCUCCCUCCCAUUGAACACAACAUUACCUCCACCCAACAGCACCUCUACAGCGCCAAAUACUACAACCUCCGCUCCAAAUACUACAACAUCAGCUCCAAAUACUACAUCAGCAGCUCCAAAUACUACAACAUCAGCUCCAAAUACUACAACAGCAGCUCCUAAUACUACAACAUCAGCUGCAAAUACUACAUCAGCAGCUCCAAAUACUACAACAUCAGCUCCAAAUACUACAUCAGCAGCUCCAAACACUACAACAUCAACUCCUAAUACAAUAACAUCAGCUCCUAAUACAACAACAUUUGCUCCUAAUACAACAACAUCAGCUCCAAAUACUACAACAUCAGCUCCUAAUACAACAUCAGCUCCUAAUACAACAACAUCAGCUCCUAAUACAACAACAUCAGCUCCAAAUACAACAACAUCAGCUCCUAGUACAACAACGUCAGCUCCAAAUACUACAACGUCAGCUCCAAAUACUACAACAUCAGCUCCAAAUACUACAACAUCAGCUCCUAGCACCAUUGUCACAACACAAACCAACACAAUGACAACCAUCCACCCCAUUCAUCCAUCGCUAAACACCUCCACAACCAGGACCAUUGCGACAACCCCCCUGGGUAAUACCACUGCAAACUCAUCAACACCCGUCCUUCCACCAGUAAACACCGCAACAGCCUCCCCAAAGACCACCACAACAGCCGUGAUAACAACCACCGCAGGUAACCACUCAGCACAAAACACCACAGAAGCCAGUAAUGAAGAGCAGGCCAACCAGUUGCUGGAUCUGACAAGCGACGUGUCCAAGCUCAACUCCUCACAGGUGGACCAGCUGGUAUCCCAGCUAGAGGCCCUGCUUGCUGGGCCCAAUGUCAGCCUGGCUCUGGGGAAAACCUCUGUCACGAUCGUUAGCAACCUGCUGGGUGUCUCCUCUGACACCCUGGCCUCCUCCUCCACCAAGAUCAUUGGGAUUAUUGAUACUGUGGGCAUGAAGCUGAUUGUUCAGGAAGAGGCUACGAUUUUAACCGACUCGGUCGCUCUCGCCGUCAAAACGGUGGACGGCACUGAUUUCCAGCGAACAUCUUUCUCCAUCCGAGACCCCAACAGUGUGCAGAUCCGUGGAGACAACAGAGCCAGGAGGAGUGUGAGAGCAGAGGCUUCCUCCCUCCCUCAGGGGUCCGUCACGUUCCCCUCUUCCCUCACAGCGAACCUCUCCCCUGAGCAGCAGCUACAGGCCUCCAGACUCCAGUUCAACUUCUACCAGAAGAGCACUGCGUUCCAGGACCGAGCCCUGGGAGACAGCAAGCUGAAUAGUGGAAUCCUGGGGGCCAGUGUGGCCAACCUGUCAAUCAAGUCUCUGCAGGAGGACGUGGUCAUCACCCUGAGAAACACUGAACCUGUCUUAGUGAGUCAAGCAAACACCACACUGUACAUUUGAGUCAAAACCGCAUGCCCUGCAUCCUGGAUGUGACAUCUUUGAGAAAGCAUUUCAUGUCUGUCACCUUGUCAUCCUAAUGAAUCCUUGACACACUGUCGUCUAUUGAUCAUUUGUCCACACAGGCACAUUUCGUGGUGGCAUGUGUUUUCUGGGACUUUGGCAUGAAUGGUAAGCCUUCCGCUUGUGUCAAAUCAACAUCAGCUGUUGUGGUGAACUGCAGCUGGAGACUAACAGUGAAACGCUAACUUGCGGGUCCUUUUCCACCAACGCAGAGUUAAAGGUACAAAAUAGAAAAUAGAAAUAGUGAGACGUGAAACAAAUACACAGUGAAUAACGAAUCACAAUAAAGAUUUCAAAUGACACGGCUAUGUACAGGGAGUACCAGUUGGUACCAAGUCAAUGUGCAGGGGUACAAGGUGAUUGAGGUAGCUAUGUACAUAUAGGUAGGGGUAAAGUGACUGGGCAAUAGGAUUAGAUAAUAGACUGAGCUGUAGCAGCCGCAUAUGUCAUGAGUGUGAAAGUCUAUGUGUGUGAGUGUGUGUGUGUGUGUGGCAUCAGUAUGCAUGUGCGCGCAUGUUAUGGAUGUGCGGAUGUAUGUGUGUGUUGGUGUGUGUAUGUGUGUGUUGGGAUGUUAGUGUAAGUAUGUGUGAGCGUGUGGGUAGAGGCCAGUGUUGGUGCAUAGGGUCAGAUCAAAAGAGUUAGUUAAAAAAAGGGUCAAUGCAGGUUGUUCUGGUUGCCAUUUGAUUAGCUAUUUAGCGGCCUUGUUUAGCAGUCUUAUGGCUUGGGGGUAGAAGCUGUUCAGGGUCCUGUUGGUUCCAAACUCGGUGCACUAGUACCGCU